UAUCGAAAUUCAAAGGAGAGAGAAGGUCAAGAUCAAAACGAUGGACAGAUCGUGGUUUCUACAGAAAAGAAAAAGGAAGUGUCCUAACGUGACCAGGUAAACGCCACCCACAAACUCUCUCCAUUUCUCCUUCUUUUCUCUCUUUCAUUUUUUAUUUCAAAACGCGUUUCCAAAUAGUGAUUGUAAAAACCAGAUAUUCAAAUCUCUUUAAAUGCAUUCUACGAGUUGAGAGGAAGAAAUAAUAAAAUAGCCUUCUGUUCUCUUUUUUCCUCUGCAACCUUCCUUUCUCCUUCUCUGAAAACUGAGAUAUAUACUACUCUCCUUCUCCAAUUCAACAUCUUUCUGAUUGUUUUCUCAGUUUUCUGUUUUUGGAGUUGUUUGGACUGAGUCCUGAAAACAUAGAUUUUUCCUUCUUUUCUAUGUCCUGACUGUUGCCUGACUAUCGAUCUUUGCUCUAUUUCAGUAUGCUGUUUCUGGGUUUUUUGGAGCUGGUUAGAAUAAGGUCUGGAAACGAAAAUACAUAGCUUGGUACUGAUUUUUGGCUGUCAUUUUUGCAUUUUGAAGUUUGUAUCUAACAAGCUCUGAGAGCAGAGGAUCGAAGCAAGAAGAAGAAGAAGAAGAAGAGACGAUGAUUUUCUCGAAGAUUUUGGUUUUCUUGAAGACGAUGGUUCUUCUAUUCGUUUUCUACGGUUUCAGCACCGCCGCGAUUUAUAACAAAAGCGCGGCAGGAUCCCCUGAAUCUCUCCUUCAUGGAAUCGAACUCCCCCAACACCCAAGCUUCAAUUCAGUCGCUUCUUCUUCAAUAGACACCGGCUGUCGCGUCGGAACGACGGAGACUCGGAAGCUAGAAUUGCCGGAAGCAAAAAAACAGAGAGAUGAUGACAAGCAAGAAGAAGAUAUGAUGGGGCUACCAUCUAAACCGGCGUUGAAACUUCACCUGAAGCACAGGUCAGAGAAUCCCGAAUCGAAAAUUGACAAGAAAGAAUCGCUGAUGGUGUCGGCCCACGGAGACCUGACCAGAAUUCAAACGCUCCAUAGAAGGAUUACAGAGAAGAAGAAUCAGAACAGAGUGUCGCGGAUAACAGAGCCGAGGCUUGCAUCGACGGCCUCAAAGCUAUUGCCGAACAAAGCCGCAGAAAAGGUACUCGGCCCCGCCAGCCAAUUGGUGGCGACGCUGGAAUCCAGCGUCAGCCUCGGUUCCGGCGAGUAUUUCAUGGAUGUUUUUGUGGGGACCCCGCCCAAGCAUUUCUCUCUGAUACUCGACACCGGCAGCAAUCUCAAUUGGAUCCAAUGCCUCCCCUGCCAUGAUUGCUUCGAGCAGAACGGCCCGCCUUACAACCCUCAGGACUCUUCGUCCUAUCGCAAUGUCAGCUGCCGUGAUCCCGGCUGCGAGCUGGUGUCGUCGCCGGCCCCACCGCAGCCGUGCAAAUCAGAUAACCAGACAUGCCCGUACUUCUACGGGUAUGGGGAUCGGUCCAACACCACCGGCGAUUUCGCUCUCGAGACCUUCACGGUCAACCUCACCUCGCCGACUGGGCAGCCCGAGUUCCAGCAGGUCGAGAAUGUCAUGUUCGGAUGCGGGCAUUGGAAUCGAGGCCUCUUCCAUGGCGCAGCUGGUUUACUGGGGCUCGGGCGCGGCCCGCUCUCCUUCUCCUCUCAGCUCCAUGUUUGCUGGAAUUCUACAACAUUGUUCAUCAGUUUUAAUAUAUCAAUUUAG